UAUUCAUACAAAAGUAAAAAAAAGAGGGCCAUUGUAAGUCCAGCCCAUCCAUUAGGCCCAUAAAGAAUCGUAUAUCACAACCUAUUAGGGUUUCAACCAUUUCCCACUGUCGUUUGAACCUGCCGCACUUCACCGGAGCAACAAAUCUACUGAAACAAUGGCACCUAAGGACAGAAAGCCACAUGUGAGCAGGAACCCUGAUUUGAUCAGAGGUGUGGGCAAAUACUCACGGUCGAAAAUGUACCACAAAAGGGGGCUCUGGGCCAUCAAGGCUAAGAAUGGCGGCACUUUCCCAAAACAUGAGAAGAAAGCUGCUGAAGCUGCACCAGCUGAGAAGCCUCCAAAGUUCUAUCCCGCUGAUGAUGUGAAGAAACCCCUUGUUAACAAGCGCAAAGCCCGACCAACUAAGCUUAGGGCUAGCAUUACCCCUGGAACGGUGUUGAUUAUCUUGGCUGGGAGAUUCAAGGGAAAGAGGGUUGUUUUUCUGAAACAACUUACCUCUGGAUUGUUGCUGGUUACUGGACCAUUUAAGAUCAAUGGUGUUCCUUUGAGGCGGGUGAACCAAUCAUACGUCAUCGCCACAUCAACAAAGGUUGACAUUUCAGGGGUAAAUGUUGAAAAGUUUGAUGACAAAUACUUUGGAAAGAAGGUCGAGAAGAAGAAGAAGAAAGGAGAAGGCGAGUUUUUUGAAGCUGAGAAAGAGGAGAAGAACACACUCCCACAGGACAAGAAAGACGACCAGAAAACCGUAGAUGCAGCAUUGAUCGCAUCCAUUGAGGCUGUUCCGGAUCUGAAAAGUUAUCUUGGUGCUAGAUUCUCACUCAAGGCUGGCAUGAAGCCUCAUGAGCUUGUGUUUUAAGUGAAGCACCAACAUGUUUUGCUAGAGAAUUAUUUUUGUUUUCUUAAUCAUGUCUCUUGUUCAUGUUAUCAUAGAUAAUGUCUCAUGUUAGCAUUGUUGGUUUGUUUUGUGCUUAAUGAAUGACUGAAAUUUUUUUUCUA